UUAAGAGCUACGGGGCGGGAAAGAGAAGGAGCUCCGCCAGGCUGGGCAGCCCUGCAGGGUGGGGGGUCUCUCUGGGUCCCAGAGGCAGAGCAAGCCAGGGAAGGAGGAGGCCAGACUGGCAGAUUCUCUCUUUCCGGAGAAGGGUUGCCAGCUCUGCACCCGGGCCCUUGAACCGAGAAUGGAUCUGCAGGAAGGACCAGGAGGGGAUCUGGCAACCCUACCCUCCAGGCCGGGAACAGAUUCCCUUGUAGAUCUCUGUGGAUCUCUGCUAAAAGCUCUGGAACGGGGCCAGCUGGGUUGGUUGGCUGUUCUCGUGCAAUGAGAUGGGGAGAGGCUAGAGCUGGACACAUGGUGACCUCCCUCUCUUAAGAAUCUUCUUAAGAAUCUCAGGGGGAAAGGUGGACUGUAAACAAACAACAACAAUAACAUUAAUUAUAAUUUUACUGAGAUCCCGCAAGUGGCUAAAAGCCCCUCGGAGUCAUGGAGGGGGUUUAUUUAUUUAUUUAUUUUAUUUAUGUUACAUCUGCUUUUCCUUCUGAGACUCAAGUCAGAUGACCCAGCGUAAAUUGCUAUGAUCAAUGGAUGGGACAUCCAAUAAACAAUGCAAUAGGCUUUCAUUGUCUGUUUUCCUCCAAAGAAUCUUUUCCCUGUUAUAGCAAAUGGAACUACUCUGGAGCAGGAGGAGAGAGAAGCCUCAUCUAGAACAUAGUAAUUCACAGCCACACUUUUUUAAAUAGGAAAAACAUCACAGAGCAAUUGCCUAAUAUGAAAAUGGAGGAGCAAGGCACUACAACAGAGGAGGCAUCAACGGGGAGAGCAAAAUCCCCUCACAUCCUCCAGGCUGGGAAUAUUGGAGAAUUCCUUCGAAGGAGAUCAGGAGAUCUGAUGACACAGCGAGCAGGGGAGGGUUUCGUCUCCCUUGCGCAAUGGGAAGCCCAGUGGCAGGAGUUCCUUAGGACAGUGGAGAACCCGCACUCUGCAUGGGGAAUCUCAUACCUGCCAGAUAAACGGUCACCCUGGAAGGAUACAAAGGCUUUUCUGGCCUCCUUUGAGGAAGUGGCAAAUGCCUGUCGGUGGGCCAAAGAAAAGUGGGCAACCCAACUCUUGCCAGCGCUCAGCGGGGAAGCCAAAGAGGCCUUUAAUAGUAUAGAUGUCAAAGACAGAGAGGAUUAUGGGAAAGUGAAGGCAGCCAUCUUGAGAGGGGAUGUCCUGAGCCGAGAGAAGCAGCGUGAAGAGUUCAGGCGUUUCAGCUACCAGGAAGCCGAGGGCCCACGAGGGACUUACAUUCGACUGCGGGAAACUUGCCGUGGGUGGCUGAGAGUGGAGAACCACAGCAAGGAGCAGAUCCUGGAGCUCUUGAUCCUGGAGCAGCUGCUGACCGUCCUGCCCCCAGAGAUCCAGAAUUGGGUGAGGGAAAGUGGCCCUGAGAGCUGCUCCCAGGCAGUGGCUCUGGCUGAGGAGUUCCUCUUAAGGCAGGAAAAGCAGGUGCCAUUGGAGGAGGCAUCUGAGAAUGUCUCCAAGGCAGGCCAGGAUCCAUCUGAGAGGGAGUGGAGGCAGCUCUCAAUGUACAUCAAGAAAGAGGAGGAUGGAGAAUCCAACCUGUUGGGAGAUGUAGAAGAGAUGGUUGGGGAGCUCCAGGGGUUCUCAUCAGAAAAAGUGAAGACUGAACAGGCUGAAAGAAACAUUAGGAAUCGAGAUGGACCACAGAGGCAGGAGGGAAGCCACACAGAAAAGAUGAGGGAUAAACCCAUUCCUUGCCAAGGAGGGGAAUUCUGGGAAAUCCCAGUCCAAGAAGAAAGGUCAACAAAAAAAAGAAGGAACAAAGGCCCCCAUGCAAACCAGAGAAUCCACUCCAGGGAAAAAGAAAACACAAGUGCAAUGUUUGGAAAGACCUUCAGUCAGAGCCCAAAUGUUAUUUCUCGGGAACAAAUUCCCUCAGAAGAGAAACCAUACAAUUGCUUGGAGUGUGGAAAGGGCUUCAGUCGGAGAACAGCCCUUGCUUCACAUCAAAGAAGUCAUUCAGGGCAUAAGCAAGAAGAAGAGGAGGAGGAGGAGGAGGAGGAAGAACUGUAUCAGUUACUGCCAGAUAAAGCCAAGAAUGAAGAGGUCAAAGGAAACUCCAGGAAUCAAGAUGAACGGAAGAGUCAAGAGGGAAGCCACAUGGUUGAGAAGACACAUCAACGUAUUCCGUGCCAAGGAGGAGAUUGCUGUGAAGUAAUUCACGUGACAAAGGAAAUAUACGGAUGCUUGGAGUGUGGAGCAAACUUCUCAGAUCAAACCCAAUAUAAUAUCCAUUUGCAAACACACUGUGGACAGAAGAUCAACAAAUUCUCAGAGUGUAGAAAGACCUUCCUUCACAGAGCAGAGUUCCUUAGCCAUUACCGAAUCCAUGCAGCAGGGAAACCCUAUACCUCCCCUGACUGUGGCAAAAACUUGUCACAUGAAUCAAACUUUAUUCAGCUUCACAGGAUUCGUUCAGGAGAGAAGCCAUUUAUCAGCUCAGAGUAUAGAAAGGGUUUCUAUGAUGGAAAAAAGGGUAAUGUACCUUUGCCAAGGCAUGGUAGAUGGAAGGCACAUGAAUGCUUAGAGUGUGGGAAGUAUUUCAGAUGCAGAUCGGAGCUCCUUGAGCAUCAAAGAACUCAUACAGGGGAGAAACCUUUUGAAUGCUCAGUGUGUAGAAAGAAAUUCAGUUGGAGCCGCAGUCUUCAGCUGCAUCGAAGACUUCACACAGGAGAGAAACCUUUUGAAUGCUCCGAGUGCGGAAAGAAAUUCACAUGGAGUGCCAGUCUUCAAAAUCAUCUAAGAACCCACAUAAAGGAGAAACCUUCUGAAUUGUCAGACUGUGGAAAGAGCUUCAACUUGAAUAGCGAUUUUCAGUGGCCUCAAAGAACCCACAUAGGGAGAAACCUUUUCGAUGCUCGGAGUAUGGCAAGAGCUUCAUUCACAGAUUCCGCCUUCAGCAACAUCAAAGAAUCUGCAUGAGGAGAAACUGCGUAGCUGCUUAGCUUGUGGUGAGCUAAGCGGCUAUGUGUCUUCUGACUAUUGUGCAGAUAUUUCACACCUUAAAAACAACCGCAUUGAAACCAUAUAAACACCUAGCAUCUGAAAAGAAACCUUACCAUAACCACAGAAACCAAACAAAUGCAAAUUGGGGACAAAUGGUAUAAAUGCUCAGAUUGUGGAAAAAGCUUUAGCCAUGAUGGAAGCCUCACACACAUCUCACAGGGAAGAAAGCGAGGAGGUGUUCUGAGAGUGGAAGGAGAUUCAAUACCAGCUCUGUCCUCUUUAAGCACUGAGGAAUUCAUUCAGUAGAAAGCUCAUGAACCUCAGUGUGGGCAAAAGCUUUAGGAUAAUUCCCAAUGGGGUAAAACUUUACUAUAGUUGGUUCCGAGGAAGAUCUUUCACUGCCCAAGCACUGAGAUUUCAGAAAGUAGUUCCUCAAAGAAGGGCCUUUUUAGUGCUUGCCCUUCUCUGUGAAACUCGCUCUUUAAGGGUAUCUGCUAAGCUAUGUCCUUUGGACGUCAGCAAAACUAGCAAAACCAUUUCUAUUUUCCUAAUCCUCUGAAGAAAUAGACAAGUUGAGGAGAGCAGAUAUCUAAAGCCUCUCUGCUGCGGGCACAAACAUAACAUGAACAGCCAGCAUCACUAAUUUACAACCAUUUUUAUCUGACAGUCUGACCUGCUGUGAGUUGUUCAGGUUCUCACAAGUCUGAAGCCCAAAAAAGUUCAGGCAGUAGGGUUGAAAGGAAAAGCUUGUCCCCCCUCCCCUCAAUAAGUUCAAAGGGGGCAGAGCACCUUUAACAACGUACAGUAUUGUGGAAAUGGGCAGGAAUCCUGGGAAGUGGUAAGUAAAUGUUGUGGGACACAAAUUCCCCAAUCCAAGUGGUUUCCCACCAAACUCCCAGAUUUUCCCAAAGAGCAUCAGGAGGGAGAACAAAAACCCAGAACUGCUCUGCCCCGCCCCUGGGCUCCAUCAGCUGGAAGUGACCUGAUCUAAGCUCUGGGGGAGGAGGUCAACUUUCUCACCAUGCGAUUUAUUUCAGGGCCAGGAUUUUCCCACCUCUGACUUUUCACCUGGCCCUUGAAUUCCUCCAUGGAGAUUGUGCUUUUAUUGAACACACUGAGAAAAUUCUCUUUUCAUCUCUGUAGUUUAGUUUGGAAAGGUAUCUGCCUAAGGGUUACUAACAGGCCUGGAGAGGAAAAAAACCUGUUCUGCCUCUUUCAUAGAGGCUUUGUGGAGGGAAACAGGCUGCUGAACUGGCACAGACAUAAAUAACAUCCCAUGAAGCCUCUGUUAAAGGGACAGGACACUUUUUUUCUCCAGGUAGUUGAUGAACCCAAACUUGGGUAUCAAUCUGAGAAAACAAAACUCUGCUAAAGAAGAGUUUUGAAGAGAUUAGUAUUUUUAUCAGUUAAUGCAGACUGUUCCCUUCUUUUAGCCAUGUGGUUUUUUUAAUGAGUUGGAUUUAAUUUUAUGUUUAAAAGGUUAGUCCAGUGUGUGUGGUGUGUCUUUUUAAAUGGUGUAUACAGCUGUAGAAAGAAAUCCUCUUGCAGGUUCUUGAGGCUGGUGCUAUGACAGAUCCUGGGGCUUGAACCCAACCCACUUUGCCCACAUUCAUGAUGUGGGUCAGUCAACUUCAAAAGCCAGUGUUGGGUUAUAACUGGGGUGGGGGUGGGGUCUGGUUUAAAUCCACACUUGGUCUAGAAGCUCUUUGGGCGGCCUUCACGUUUUCAGACUAACAUACUUUGCAAGCCUGUUGUAAAGAUUAAAUCUUUUGUGGAGUGGGAGGAAUCCUUGGAAGAAAUGUUUUCAAUAGGUGAGGAAAUCUUUGUGGGUAAAUGGUACAUCUUGGGCUGAUUGUGUGCCAAAUAGGUUUUUUGGCCAUCAUUUGAAGACCAUCGUCAAACUUCUAAGUUCCUUUUUUCAGAAGAGUUAUAGAAACCUCUAAUGAAGAGGGAGCUGGCAUCAACGCCUAGGUUUAAACAUCUACUUGGGUUACCUUAGACAGGGGUAUCCUUCUCUGCCAAGUAGCAAAGAUAGUAAUUGGGGGGAUCUGCCUCUGGUGGUUCUGGUCUUGUCUGGCUGAUCAGUCCCAGAGGUGGGGCUGGGCGACUCCUGCUUGUGACAUGCCAAGGGGUCUGAGAGCUCUAUUUUGUCCUCAGUGUUUUGGAUUCUGGAAGUUCUGGGGCAUUUUAAGAGUCUCAGAGGUAUCUCUGCUGGAGUCUCUAUUCAGGCCUGGAACGUGAGGCUCCUUGCAGCAUUGGAUGGGAUCUUUCUCCUUGGUCCUCUCCCACUUUCAAACAGGCUCCUGGCCGCAUAAUUAACCUGGGAGCUGGAAGAAUUACUGAGCCAGGCUGAGCAGAGUCACACCCUUCUGUGCACUGAAGUAAACUCUCCUUUGGACUACAGGGUUCAAGGUGGCUGAGAGCAGAGACAGGGGGUGGGGGGGGGAACAUUUUCCAGUUCUUAAUUUUGCUGCCAAUUUUGUUUCCUUUUGUUUCAUGAAAGUAAUAGUGAAUGGGUACCAUUGCCAAUACAAUUAAUGUGGUUCAAGUAAGAUCUUGGCUGCCAUUUUGACAACAGUGCAAAAACAUUCAUGCAUUAGUUAAAGUGCUCCAGUACAGGCUUGAAAGCAACGUGAAAUCUGUGUGUGUGUGUGUGUGUGUGCGCGCGUGUGUGUGUGCGUGCAUGCGUGUGUGUGUGGUCGUCUGGAAAGAUUUUGUUUCCCCCUCAGUAUGGUAAAAUGGUACUCCUCUGGAGCGGGAAGAGAUGUCCAACUACGAGAAGAUGUAAGAUUAAUGGUGGAGAUGUUUGUUUAGAGAUGGGCUGUCUCCAGCAGAUACCAACUCCUGGGAAAAGCUUACCAAAUGAUGCCCUGUGGUACGCCCAUGAUACUGAAAUGAGUGGUGCCUCCCCAAAUGUCUGGGUAGUACUAAGAAUUUCUCUUAACUUCCAGUUAUAGUUGCCAUAGAUGAGAGUAGUUUCCCAAUGCCGAAGCUCUUCAAAGCAUACUUAUGAUCUACCGUGGGAGCUUAUACCCUGAUAGCAAAGUGGAGGUGCAUAAUGGGAUAGCAUCCCACGUCAUGGAGGAACGCUGAAGAAGCCCAUGCCAGCCUGAGCCAGAACUAACAUGUGGAUGCGUGCAGUGUAGCUGCACUGUGCGAGCGGACAGGAGAGCAACUGGGAAAUGUGUAAAUGCAUUCCCUCGCCAUUCAUCUUGUGUAGUUUUGGUAUGUGAUGAGUGCUCCCUUCUGUUUUCAGCAGCCAUUUAAUGGCAUCGAAUACCAGCAGAAAGUUUGCUAGGGUUUUUUUUUAACACUUUACUUUCCUCUGGAUUGCUCUUGGCUCUUUCAAAUGAUUUUAUAGUCUUACUUAAUUUAGGCUUAAUUUGGCCCCAAAUUAAUCUUGAUGCAGGAUAAUUAGCCAACCGAAGAGGUGGCUGACUGUUGCAGCUCUGGGUGAGUCACAGUUAUAUACCUGUCUCCUUCUCAGGCGGUAUGCCCAAACAGUGUAAGUGAUCAGAACCACAAAGAUAACGGGCUGGAAACUUCUGUGUGAGAAACGUUCUUAUUCUUUGACACUUGAAAAUAGUUUUGGAAGGGGCAGUCGCCAGAGCACCUCUAAUUUGAAUUCCAAAAAGGUUUUGUCUAUUGAGCAUAUGGGCUCUACAACAAAUACAACACACAAAAUUUAUAAAAGAAUUAAAAUGUUUACUUUUUUAAAGUACAUGCAUAUUUUCUGCUAUCGUUACAAGGGAAGCAGAGAUAUUGUUGACUGUAAAAAGUUCACUAACAUACCUUUGAUGAAACACAAACAUCAAAUAUCAACAUCGUGCUCUCUCACUUGAGGAAUCUCACUAAACCAACUUGUAGAGAGGGCUCCAGGUCUCCUGCCCUGGAAGGAAGUUGGAUGGAGGGAAAGAGGAUGGGUCUCAUCAAGGGAAGCAACUAGAAAAAAUGUGAUGGUCACAUACAGGCACAGGCCUUAUGGUGUAAUGUAAACCUUCUGUAGCUGAAGCUCUUCCCACCCUCCAAGCAUUUAGAUGGCUUCCCCCUGCCUGCAUCUUCUGAUGUCUACUGAGGUUGCUACUCUGAGACAAGGGCUGUUUCCACAUGUUCCCCCCUCCCCCCAAAAGGCGCAAAACUUAAUGGAAUGGCGUGCCUUCAUAACACGAUUUUCCAUCAUGAAAUCGCUUUGUGGCACAUUUUCUUGUUGACAUAAUGAGCCAAGAAGCAUGUGUGCAUCUUGCUGUUUAGGUCUGUCUGUCAUAACUGAUGUAAUAGAUCUAUUUGACAGGUCCUUGGAUGAUGCAAGAGCGAAGAAACAGCUUAGUCACCUCACCUGAUGUGCUGGGAUUGGACACUGGGGGGUGCUAUAGAUGUAUAUAAGCCAGCUGUGUCUGGUGUAAGUGUGGAGCUUGUUCCAGUAAGUGCUUGGUGAAGCGCUUUGACACUGAGAACAAAGUCUUGUAUAUAAGUCACUGUAAAAUAAACUGUACAUACACUUUUACUACUAUAAGUGUGUGGAAGCCUUAUUUAUAGCUCAGCUACAGUUCAAACCACGCUGUGCCAGCACGCUGUGCUGGGUUAUGGGCCCAGAACCGCGUGGUGGGCGUUGAAGGUUCGAGGAACUGUGAGCGGUGAACUCCUGAGAGGCUUGGA